CUCAGCCAGACUUACUGUGUACGAUUGUAUCCAGGCAUUUACCGUGUAAGAAGUCGAAUAUUUUUAUUUCCGGUCACAGUGGGCCACAUAAUCAUUUUUAUAAAAAAUCACAUAUUUUAAAAUUAAAGAAUGCCUGGAAAAAAGUGCCACGUUUUGCUCCUCAGCUUCCCGGCAUUCGGGCACAUUAUUCCCAUCCUAGAACUGGCCCGCAAGGUCGCCAAGCACCACACCGUCACCCUGGCUCUCUCGGAAUCGAAAAUUGCCGAAAUGAUGAAAAAAGAGAUAUUCAGCAAUGAAUCUACGGAAAACAUCAAACUUCUGCCCAUUAAAGACAAAGCCGUCGGGGACUUCGACAACCCUGAUAACCACAAAGCCGCUUUCGAGAUUGUCUUUACCAGCAUCAUGCCGUCGGCUCAGCAUCUUCUCGCAACCAUCCCGCGUCCGGAUGGAACUGGUGACCGUGAACUUUGGGACUGCCAACCCGUAGACGUUGUUAUUGCCGACAACUUCUUAGCGGGGCCGUUGCAAACGUGCCGGGAACGCGGUAUCCCGUUCUACUGCUUCAACACCGCAGCGCUGUGGUUGACCCGGUAUUUCGCUCUAAUGAAGGAUGAUGCGCCGAUCAUCGCAAUGGAAGAAGUGGACCCGUUCCAUACGCUCCCGGGGCCCAACGACCCACCGCUGGCGUUCGCCGCACCGUUCCUGAAAUUCUUCGGGACGGUUCGAAAAAUUUGGCCGUACGCGCAGGGAAUGAUCCAUAACAGCUUUGAAGCUUUUGAUAAAGACGAAUUGGAGCUGCUUCGCAGACACCCGGAUAUGCAACAUCUUUCGCAUUUUUUGGUCGGGCCGUUGCUGCCGGAGUCUGCGGGAAAAGUCUCGGAUACCGAUCUCGCUUUAUCCGAAAAAGUGAAGAACUGGUUGGCGAAACAGGAACCUCGAGAGGUUGUAUACGUCUCAUUUGGAACGAUGGCCGUUCCCGUUCCGGAACAAAUCACCCAGCUGGCCAACGCCCUGAUUAGUCUGAAUAAACCGUUCAUCUGGUCGCUCCGAGAGACCAAGCAUCAGUUCCUCCCGGAAGACAUUCGAGAGAAGAUUUCAGGACAGUUUGAAAAUAGUAGCCGUUUUCUUAUUCUGAACUGGGCGCCCCAGAAAAUGAUUCUGGCCGAUCCGGCUAUCGCAGCCGUUGUCACCCAUGGCGGCUGGAACAGUACAUUGGAGACCCUGACCAACGGACUGCCACUGGUGUGUUGGCCGAUGUUUGCUGACCAGUUGGUUAACGCACGCUGGCUAGUUAAAGCCGGUGCGGCGGAGAUGCUGGAGGGAACCGGGAUGAAACCCAAGCGUGUCGUGCCGGCUCAGGAAAUUGCUGACAUCAUUGUCAAGGUCUCCGGACAUGCCAGCGGCGAACCAUACCGGACGGCAGCCAAGCAGUGGCAGAAGGAGAUUGCCGCGGCCAUAGGAUCAGGCGGAAGUUCGUCGAAUGACAUUGCUCGAUUGUGCGCGUUUAAGGAAGUACAAGGAUAAGGAAUCCGCGACACCACCAUUUUAUUUAACGUUUGCACAAACUAUUCUUUAGUGCACGAGUGGAAGUAAAUCAUUUGCAAGCGUUACAGUAAUUAAUUACCGGUAUUAGGCUUGGUCGUUAAUUCGCCAUUUAGCUAGUUUGGUUGUUAAGUUGAUUCAGUAAAUGUGUCAGCAAGCGA